AUGUCCCUUGCUUCAGGCCCUGGCCCUGGGUGGUUACUCUUUUCCUUUGGAAUGGGGCUGAUAUCAGGGUCGAAGUGUCCAAAUAAUUGUCAGUGUCAAGCCCAAGAGGUGAUCUGCACAGCACUGCAGCUAACUGAAUACCCCCCUGACAUACCCCUGAACACCCGGAGGCUGUUCCUGAACGAUAACAGAAUCACUAGUUUGCCAGCCAUGCACCUAGGACUCCUCAGUGACCUUGUCUACUUGGACUGUCAUAACAACCGGAUUCGAGAGGUGAUGGAUUACACCUUCAUCGGGGUCUUCAAACUCAUCUACCUUGAUCUCAGCUCCAACAACCUAACUUCGAUCUCCCCGUUCAGUUUCUCAGUGCUCAGCAACCUGGUGCGGCUGAAUAUUGCCAACAACCCUCAGCUGUUAUCUCUCCACAAGUACACCUUUGCCAACACCACUUCCCUGAGGUACCUGGACCUCAGAAAUACUGGCUUGCAGACCUUGGACCAUGCUGCUUUCCAUCACCUCAUGGUACUGCAGACCCUGUACCUGAGUGGAAACCCCUGGAAGUGCAACUGCUCCUUCCUGGACUUCGCCAUCUUCUUGAUAGUGUCCCAUCUGGACCAUUCAGAUGAUCUCAAUGCCACAUGUGUGGAGCCCACAGAUCUGGCAGGGUGGCCCAUCUCACGGGUGGGGAACCCACUCCGGUACAUGUGCAUCACGCACCUGGACCGCCAAGACUACAUCUUCCUGCUGCUCAUCGGCUUCUGCAUCUUCGCCGCAGGCACUGUGGCCGCCUGGCUCACAGGUGUGUGUGCUGUGCUCUACCAGAACACCCGCCGCAAGACCCGUGAGGACGAGCCUGAGGACGAGGCUGGGCAAAGGGAGGAAGUCGGCAGGCGAUUUUUCCAAACCAGGGUUAACUCGGGCCACGAUAGUUUUCCUCAACUGAUUUAG